AACGCACUUUCUGUUUCCGGUGUCGUCGUGGUCUGAACGGUCCAAAAAGACCCGGGAACUCUAACCCGUUGUAUCAGAACCGGGACCGGAGCUUUCACCGUCCAUCAUGGUUCAGGAGUUUCACGUCCUCAGGUGUUAUUCAUGUGAAAGCUUUCAGGUCCAACAGGUGAAGAAGGUGAACAAGUGGAUUUGUAAGCUUUGUGGAGAGAAACAGUCGCAGCUGAAGGAGUUUGGGCGGGGCUCCGGAGCAGACUGCAGACGCCAUGUUCAGAAACUUAACGCCAUGAGAGGAGCGAUGAUGGAGGAGCACAACACCUGCUCUCUAUGGAAGCAAGUGGAGGCAGAGACGGAGGAUGUACCUGAGGACGACCAGGUGACGCACACACAGGUCUUAACCCUGAUGAAUGGGGCUGGAUCGAGCCGUUGGAACAAAUACCUGGACACACCUGAGGAGGCGGAGCCAGAGGAUGAGGAAGAGGAUAAUGUCUCGCUGGACAGGCAGCAGCGCCGUGACAACCACAUGAGUGACAGAAAGAGAGAGAGAAUAAAAGAAGAAAGACGAGACGGAUGCACACCUGAACAGGCAAACUACUCCAGUCUGGACCACACCAGUCCUCCCACCAAGAGGAGGGUUACUCCCCACGGCGUGAGUCCUGCUCCAGUCUCCAGAUCUGACCGCCAGUGGGAGGAGUCAGUCAGUGAUGACAUCAUCAGCCUGCCGCUCACCAGGUCAUUACUUCCUGUUUCCUCAAUGUUUGAGAGCGGAGAAGAUUUCAGCAUAGAGGGAUUUUAAACAAAUGUUGAACAUUUUGAUGACUAAUUUAUUGUUAAACCACAAAAAUCAAAUGCACUAUAUAUAUUUUUGUUGUUCAGAUUAAUAAAAACUGUUCAUGGUGAAAUGAGACA